GGAGCACCCUCAUGGACCGAACCCUUGCCAGAAGUGCCAAGCAGAGACUGAGAGCUCUUAAACCCUAAACCCUUGCCAAAGCUCUAUUCCUUCAAAAUGCCCUCUCUUCUCGCCAUGGCGUCGGUGGCGAGCAGAAGAAACCGACUCCUCGCGUCAUCGCCUUUCAUCCUCGCAUGGAGAAGAUUCGGUUUCCGCAAUAUUUGCAGUGGCCGGGUCGGCUUAGCUCCGUCGACGUCGACGUCGACGUCGCCGUCACCGCCACCGUCCGAUUACAAAACUCCCCUGCCUGGAACAAAGGUUCUCGAAUCAUUCACGGAAGAGUUCGAAAUCGGAUCACGCAAAAUAACGCUGGAGACGGGAAAGAUCGCACGCUUUGCCAAUGGUGCUGUUGUUUUAGCCAUGGAAGAGACCAAAGUCCUCUCAACCGUUGCUUCCGCUAAAGGCGACUCUGUUCGCGACUUUUUACCCCUCACUGUUGAUUAUCAAGAGAAACAAUUUGCCCAAGGUGCGAUUCCCCGCACAUUCAUGCGAAGGGAGGGUGCUCCAAAAGAACGUGAACUUUUAUGUGGUCGUAUCAUUGAUCGACCCAUACGGCCGCUUUUUCCGGCUGGAUUCUACCAUGAAGUUCAGGUAAUGGCAAGUGUUCUUUCUUCUGAUGGGAAGCAAGAUCCAGAUAUAAUGGCAGCUAAUGCCACAUCUGCGGCUCUUAUGUUGUCAGAUAUCCCUUGGGGUGGUCCCAUUGGUGUGAUUCGCAUAGGAAGGAUUUCUGGCAAAUUUAUUGUUAAUCCAAGCAUGGAUGAGCUCAGUUUAAGUGAUCUCAAUUUGGUAUAUGCUUGCACAAAAGACAAAACAAUGAUGAUAGAUGUGCAAGCUCGCAAGAUAUCAGAAAGGGAUCUGGAAGCUGCUUUAAGGCUGGCUCAUCCUGAGGCAAUUAAAUAUCUAGAGCCUCAAAUCAGGCUGGCAGCCAGAGCUGGUAAGCAGAAGAAGGAAUAUAAAUUGUCAAUGGUGUCAGAGACAACACUGGAAAAAAUCAGGAACUUGGCUGAAGCACCUAUUGAAGCUGUCUUUACUGAUCCUACAUAUGGCAAGUUUGCUCGAGGAGAGGCCCUAGAUAAGAUUACCCAAGAUGUAAAAAGGACACUUGUAGAAGAAUGUGAUGAAGAGAGCUUACAAGUCUUAUCAAAGACAGUCGACACAGUACGAAAAGAGGUUGUUCGUAGAAGGAUUAUUGCUGAAGGAAUUAGAGUUGAUGGGAGACAUCUUGACGAAGUUAGGCCUUUAUUUUGUGAAGCUGGUAAUCUUCCUCAAUUGCAUGGGUCAGCACUUUUUUCACGUGGAGAUACUCAGGUUCUGUGCACUGUGACCCUUGGAGCACCUGGGGAGGCUCAAAACUUGGCUUCCCUUGUUGGCCCGUCAAGCAAGCGAUUUAUGCUUCAUUACAGUUUUCCACCAUUCUGUAUUAAUGAAGUGGGCAAAAGAACUGGCCUGAAUAGGCGAGAAGUUGGCCAUGGCACUCUAGCUGAGAAGGCUCUACUUGCCGUCUUACCUCCUGAAGAUGAUUUACAGUACACAAUUCGUGUUAAUUCAGAAGUUAUGGCCUCUGAUGGUUCGACAUCAAUGGCAACUGUCUGUGGAGGAAGCAUGGCUUUGAUGGAUGCCGGAAUUCCCUUAAGAGAACAUGUAGCAGGUGUAUCAAUAGGCCUUGUGAGUGAUGUUGACCCAUCAACUGGCACAAUCAGAGAUUAUCGCAUACUGACUGAUAUUUUGGGCCUGGAAGAUCAUCUCGGAGACAUGGACUUCAAAGUUGCAGGGACACGGAAUGGAAUAACAGCAAUUCAAUUGGAUAUAAAGCCUGCUGGAAUUCCUCUAGAUAUUAUUUGUGAGUGCUUGGAACCUGCACUUAAAGCUCGGCUUCAAAUCCUUGAUCACAUGGAGCGAGAGCUAAAUGCAUCACGUACCCAAGAUGAAAGGAAUUCUCCUCGAAUAGUUACAUUAAAGUAUAGCAACGAUGCUCUUCGGCGCUUAAUUGGCCCGCUUGGUGCCCUUAAGAGAAAAAUUGAAGAGGAAACAGGUGCACAGAUAUCUGUGAGUGAUGGGGCACUCACUGUAUUUGCUAAGAACCCUCCUGACCUGGAAAAAGUAUUAGACAAGGUUGAUUUUAUAAUUGGCCGUGAGAUUGAAGUUGGGGGGAUUUAUAAAGGCACUGUAACAACAAUUAAAGAAUAUGGAGCGUUUGUGGAAUUUAAUGGUGGUCAACAAGGCCUCCUGCACAUUUCUGAAUUGUCACAUGAACUGGUUACCCGAGUAUCUGAUGUGGUAUCCAUUGGCCAGCAACUAUCCUUGAAAUGCAUAGGGCAGGAUAUUCGUGGCAACAUCAAAUUAUCUCUUAAGGAAACUUUACCCCGAUCCCGUUCUGAAACAAAUAUUGUGCUUGAAGGAGCUUCCACACAUACAAAACAAGUGCCUGAUGGUUGGCCAGCAGUUGGGGAUGUGCUUACUGGGCAAGUGACGCAGCCAUCUGCUGUGGCAGAUUUGCAAGUGAGUACAUAUGAAAAUAGUGGGGUAGCCUCUUCUGGCUCAUCACCAUCUAUUCUGAUUCGGAGUGCUACAGAGUGUGAUGAGGAGGAAAAAUCUGCUAACUUGAAUCAGAAUCCUAAACCCACCAAAGUGAAGAUGUCAAAACUAUCUUCGCUGAAGUUAGAGAGAGAAUCCAACUUGAAGUUUGUGAUUGAGGAUGAUCAGAAUGAUAAAGAAGCUUUGAUUGACACUCCGAUAAGUGCAAAAAAUCUAACGCUUGGGACUAAGAUAACAGCUAAGGUUCAUCAAAUUCGUGCACGAGGUUUAGUCCUUCACUUGGGCAGUGGACUUUAUGGGAUGUACCGGUUUGAGACUGGUGGAAGGAGUGAUUUUGAGGUAGGCGAUGAGUUGCUAGUGAAAUGUUCGAGUUUUUCUAGCAAGGGAAUCCCUAUAAUGACUAUGGUAGAAGAUGAAUAAUCCCGCAUCAGCGUAUCCUUCCUGAGCCUGAAGACACGUGCCUGUCGAUGCAGGAGAAUAUCGCGUGCCAUAAUCGCUGCGCCGCCAGAAACUUUGGCAUAACUUAAAAACGGUGACCUUUGUAGGCAGUGCAGGUUGAGUCUAAGCAAAGCAAAGCUUCUGGGACGACCUGGCUAGAAAGGCAAUAGUUGUCAUCAAUCAGAAUGGCUGAAAUCUUACUUCCAAUACAUGUUCUAAUAGAGUUGAACUUUGCCGGAGUAAACUGCCGUGAUUUCGCUCAUACACGAGAACACUUGAAAUUUUGAUAAAAUCCAUGAAGCUUCAUUGCACAUCUUUCGUUUUGAUAUUCAAAUUCGAGUGCCAGGUUUCAUUUUUUUUUUUUUUGUUGGGCCAAAGGAUGAAUAAAUUAAAUGUAUUUUGUGUUUCAAUGCCUGAUGUUAUGGGUGAUGCUUUCUUGUGGCUUUUAAGACUAUAAAGCGUUGGAGAGAGCUUCGUCAUUAACAUUUUGUCUUCGGUAAGUUCGUUAAUAUAUGUGAAUGUAUACAUUCUACUUGAGGUC